AUGCCCAUGAACGAUGACUCGAGAGGCUUUUAUGAAGACUAUGGGUACAAAGAAUACGCAGCAGAGACGGGCGCAAACUCAGAGCGGGGGAAACGUGCAAGCCGAUUCAACGUAACAGAGUCGUUGUUUCAAUCAGAGUCAACGCUGGAACGCGUCGUCUUUGGAGGCAGACGCCAGCGCCGAGGCGCUCCUCUCAGCAACCAUUUGAGUUCAAAGGACCAGUAUGUGCAGGAAUCGGAACUGGAGACCGCUCCGUCAUCAGAAGGUAGCAACUCCCGCGAGCACGAGCUUGACCACUGGUCCGGGUCCGCCGCCACGCCUGCGCCGUCCUCUAUCCGAGCGCGCCCGGAGUCAGCGACCGACUCCGAGUCCGAAUACGUUUCACUUGAGGAAAGGGAUCGUCGACGGAAACUGCGACAUUUCGUGGACGAGAAUGUCGUAAGUCGACGAACCUUUGAACAGCGGCUCCGAGAGCAGUUCGUCGCCUUGCAUGGCAUACCGCGCUGGGCGGCGCGACACGACAACACCGCGCGAGCUGACAACGGCACUGCCGCUGUGUCGCUGGUCUCGGAUACCGGGAACGAUGCCCUGGACCCGGAAGGCCCGGUUGCUGCGUCUGCAGCGUCGUCGCGAGGGGCGUCUGCAACCCGGCCACCGCUACACUGGAAAGCGUUGCCGAUUCGACGGCUUACCGAUGCGAACGCAGCUGCACCGGCGGCCAGCGUCCUAACAAGCGUCAGGUUUCACCCGGCGUCCGCACAUCUAUGCUUCACUGCGGGUUUUGAUAAGCGGCUCCGUCUAUUCCACUUGACAGAGGAGCCUGCUGAUAACCUGCGAUGGAAAUGCGUUCGUGAAAACGAGUGUUUGCAUACAGUCUGCUUCGCAGACAUGCCCAUUUAUACCGCGGAAUUCGUCCGAGGUUCGCACGGAGCAAUUACAAAUUCCGUAUUGCUUACGGGCCGACGUCGCUUCUUCUACGAAUACGACCUAGCAGCUCAGAAAGGAAUCAAAAUCCGAACGCUCGAGAGCUUGCGGAAGGAGCGCAGCUUUGAGCGAUUCACAGUCUCGCCUGAUGGGAAACUGCUCGCCUUCACUGGGGACGAUAGUCAAGUUAUUCUGGUCGAUGCCGUCACCAAGCAAUAUCUCGGAUGCGUGCGAAUCGCUUGUGGACCCCAGAGCGGCGCAGCGUUGCCACGAGUCGUCACGUUUGCACCAGACGGCCUGAUGAUCGCAGUCGCUGGUGAGACAAGCGGAUACGUUUCGCUCUAUGACCUGCGAAUGUGUUUCACCGAUUCUGGUAUGAAUGCAUCGCAGCCGUUGGCGCGCUUUCUUGAUGAAGGCACCGUUCGCUGUACAGCUCUGAAAUGGUCACCGACCGGACAGUACCUUGCGACUGGCUCAGACGCCGGCAUCGUGAAUAUCUACGACGGGCGUGCGAUCCGCGGGCAGGCGUCUACGAAAGCGAGCGGCGAAAGCGUGACGCCCCGGGAACGCAACAUGCAUCCGUUGGCUUCCGUGUCGAAUCUGGUAACACAGAUCGAUACGUUCGCCUUUCUCCCGGACGAUCAAGCGCUCUUUUACGCUUCUCAAGCGAAACGAAACGCCGCCCGCGUCUACCAUCUCGCGUCACGCAAAACGUUUCCGAACUGGCCAACCAGUCAGACGCCGUUACAUCGGGUGUGGAGCGCUUCCUUCUCUCCGGGCGGCGGUUUUCUCGCGCUUGGUAACGACCGAGGUCGAGCGCUUCUCUAUCGACUGCGAUGUUAUGCGCCGACGUGA